UUUUUUUUUAUUUAUUUAUUUAUUUAUUUCUUUAAGCUUCCAUAAAAAGAUCAUCUUUUUUUUGUUUUUGUAUUUCAUAGUUCAUUAAUCGAAAUGCAAAUACCUGAUGAAAGAGAACACACUUUAAGAGAGGUAGCAGCUCUGGGAAAUAUUAAAGCUACUCUUCAUCUAGCUCAUUCUGGUGUUAAUGUUAAUUCACAAAAUGCAAUGAAUGGAUGGACUGCGUUACAUUGGGCAGCACAUAGAGGACAUGAACACGUUGUUAUUGCAUUAUUAAGAAGCGGAGCUGAUCCUUUUAUUAAAACACAAAAAGGACAAACAGCAUUAGAUUUAGCAGUACAACAUGAAACUACAGCUAAAAUUUUACGUACAGCGAUGGGUGACCAAGCAAAUGUUUCUGUAGGUCCUGAACCUUCACUUCCAUUUGUUCCUACUUAUAUGAAAAAUCCUGAUUUAGAAAAAACAUGGCUUAUGCCUGAUGAAUUUUCCGAGAAUAAGGUUGAAAAUUUAGUGAGAAGACAAAAGGCAGUUGAAUUAGUAGAAAAUUCGAAUGAUACCAAGCAACAAGGGAUAAAACCGGAAGAAGAUAAUAGAGAAGAAAAGGAAAUACUUAUUUAUUUAUCUUCUCGUCAAGAUGAAAACUUACUUGGCUCAGUUUAUUUAAAAAACCAAACAAUUGAAAAUGCAAUUGAUGAUAUUAAAAAGGUAUUUAAAAAAAAUGACUGUUAUAUAUAAAGAGGAUAUCUACUAACAAUGAAAUAAAGGAAAUUGAUGGUUUACCGAAGGAUUUCAGUAUUUCUCGACAUAAUGGUAAAAUUGGUAUACCAGUUAACUCUAAACAAAUGAACAAAAAGCUAUUAGAUAUUUUCAGAGGCGAAGAUGAUGUACUACUAAUAAUCCCAUCAGCUUAAUAAAAAAUUUUAAAAAUUGAUAGAAAAUAAACUUUUUUUUUAUAUAUUUAUAUAUAUGUAUAACGAUAAUUUAUGCAGCAAAUUUAAGGGUUU